AUAUAUGUAUAUGUGUAUAAUUUUUUUCAAGCCAAUUGUUUUUUCAUAGUGCACGUUGCACUGUAAAUACAACGGCGGGAAGGGAAACAAAGCGUAGCGGAGGAGGGAGGAGCAGUAGGAGGCGCCAUGCAGGAGGAGGUAUCGAAUUUUGGCCAAUCAAAAAAAGGUGACUUGUGUGGACGUCAUUAGCAUGUGGGUCUGUAAAUAGAGCGGGCGCGAGGCGGGCGUUAGUCAUUUUCUGUUCGUUUAUUCGACAAGCAGCAUCAUGCCCGAUCCAGCCAAGACCGCGCCCAAGAAGGGAUCAAAGAAAGCCGUGACCAAGACGGCCGGCAAAGGAGGCAAGAAGCGCAGAAAGUCCAGGAAGGAGAGCUACGCCAUCUACGUGUACAAGGUCCUGAAGCAAGUGCACCCUGAUACCGGCAUCUCAUCCAAGGCCAUGGGCAUCAUGAACUCCUUCGUGAAUGAUAUUUUUGAGCGCAUCGCCGGUGAGUCUUCUCGUCUGGCUCAUUACAACAAGCGUUCCACUAUCACCUCCAGGGAGAUCCAGACCGCCGUGCGCCUGUUGCUUCCCGGCGAGCUGGCCAAGCACGCCGUGUCCGAGGGCACAAAGGCCGUCACCAAGUACACCAGCUCCAAGUGAAGCGCGUUACCGCCGUCUUCA